AAGCUUUGUCAAGCCAUAAUGGAUAUGGAUAUGCCAGAUUAUGUCGAAUCCCUGGACUCCUCUUACACCAUGCUGGAGUUUGAAAACCUGCGGGUGCUGCCAACAAGCACGGAUUGGUCUGUUCCAUCGACAAAUGCCAGCCUGCUUGCCAAUGGCAUCAGCUCCUUGUGCUCCAUCUGCGGGGAUCGUGCCACUGGGAAACAUUAUGGGGCUUCCAGCUGCGAUGGCUGCAAAGGGUUCUUCAGAAGAAGUGUCCGCAAGAAUCAUGUCUAUUCGUGCAGGUUCAGCAGACAGUGUGUGAUAGACAAAGACAAGAGAAACCAGUGCAGGUACUGCCGGCUGAAGAAGUGUUUCAGAGCCGGGAUGAAGAAAGAAGCUGUACAGAAUGAACGGGACAGGAUUAGCAUUCGCAGGAGUAGCUAUGAGGACAAUGGAUCCCUGUCAAUCACUGUACUGACCCAGGCUGAGGCUAUGGCACAGCAGUACUCAGCUCUGAGUCCAGUGCACAGUGCUGAUAUUGCCAUGAAGAAGGUUGCCACCAUCAAUGAUGUGUGUGAGUCCAUGAAACAGCAGCUUUUAGCCCUUGUGGAGUGGGCAAAGUAUAUCCCAGCAUUCUGUGAACUUCCACUGGAUGACCAGGUUGUCUUGCUAAGAGCCCACGCAGGAGAGCAUCUACUCCUGGGAGUUGCUAAACGGUCAAUACCAUAUACAGAUUUUCUAUUAUUAGGAAAUGAUUUCAUCAUUCCAAUGCACUGCCCAGAACUGGAAAUUGCUCGCGUAGCCAUUCGAAUCCUGGAUGAGUUGGUAAAGCCCUUACGUGACAUCCAGGUUGAUGACAAUGAGUAUGCAUGCCUCAAAGCGAUCAUAUUCUUUGACCCAGAUUGUAAAGGCCUGAGCGAGCCUGGGAAGGUGAAGAACAUGCGAUUCCAGGUGCAGGUCAACCUGGAGGAUUAUAUCAACGACCGGCAGUACGACUCUCGAGGGCGGUUCAGCGACAUUCUCCUCCUCCUACCGCCACUCCAGAGCAUCACCUGGCAAAUGAUAGAGCAGGUCCAAUUCAUGAAACUCUUUGGCGUGGCGAGGAUUGACAGCUUGCUGCAAGAAAUGCUUCUGGGAGGAACCACUCUUGAUGUACAGUACCAGUCAGGACCUUCCAACCUCAACCUAGAAUCUCUGCCAGGACACGCAGCUUUGCCAAGCAUGAGUUCUGUGAUUCACACAGCUCCAGACCCAUCUCCAGAAACAUCCCUUCCUUCUCCGUCUACCAGCACAGGAAGCGAAGACUACAAACUAGGCCCAGCCCCAGGGCCAGAGGCCGUUGUGAAAAUACUGCCUCAGACCAUCGUACCCAAGCAAGAGAUUUUAUAAGGGACAGGCAAAAGAAGCCUACAGCAAUUCCCAAUGUCCCUAUGUAAAGUUAAACCAUCCCUGCUUUCUGCCAUGGCAAUGCCCAGCAAUUGCCUGCUUAUAAUGAGAUCUGAUGAUGACACCCUUUCCUGUCAGUGAUUAAAAUGGCACUGUCAUUAGACUGUGGCUCAACAAUGU